GGUUGUGCCUCCAACCCUGGCACCGCCACAACCACCGAGGAUGAACACCUGGAAUUCACUCCUGGGACCUCCCCGGGCGCUCCAGGACUCGCCUUUCACCACCCCCCCCUUCUCCCCGCCCGUCCCUCAGGCGGUUCCCGGGGGGGCCGCCAUGGCCACCAAGGUGCCGAUCUACCUGAAGAGGGGCAGCCGCAAGGGCAAGAAGGAGAAGCUGCGCGACAUCCUCUCGUCCGACAUGAUCAGCCCCCCGCUCGGCGACUUCCGCCACACCAUCCACGUGGGCAGCGGCGGCGAGGCCGACACCUUCGGCGACGUCUCCUUCCUGCAGGGCAAGUUCCACCUGCUGCCCCGGCCCGAGGGGGGUGCUGAGGGGGGUGCUGAGGGGCCGCCCUUCUCCUUCUCGCGCACGGCCACGGUGAGCGGAGCAGCCGGAGCCGGGGUGGUGGCGGUGACGCCGUCGCCGCUGCUCAAGAACGCCAUUUCCCUGCCCGCGCUGGGGGGGCCGCAGGCGCUCACCCUGCCCCCGGCGCAGGCGCCGCCCAAGCCCCCGCGCCUGCACCUCGAGGAGGUGACGGUGACAGCAGAGAGGGACGGGGGGAACCCCCCGGCGGGGACCCCCGGGGACCCCCGGCUCGCCCCGCCCGCCAACGGCUUCGCCCACGACGGAGACGCCGCCGAGGCCGAGCCGCCCUUCCUGUCCCACGCCGGGUCCCUGCUGUCCCUCCACGUGGACCUGGGGCCCUCCAUCCUGGAGGACGUGCUGCAGGUCAUGGACAAGCACCAGGCCCAGAGGGGAGGUGGUGGUGGUGGUGGAGGAGGAGCCGUCCCCGAGAUCCCGACGUGAGGGCGGCCCCGGGUGGUCUCCCGGUGAUUUCCCGGUGGUCUCCCGGUGAUUUCCCGGUGAUUUCGGGUGGUCUCCCGAAGCGCCUCCCAACUUCCACCUCCCUCCCCCCGUUCCCUCCGGCAGGGCCCGUCGUGCCAACGCCAGGAGGGGCUUUGUGCUCGGCCCCCGCCGAUUCCGGACGUUCCCUCCACGCCUGGGGACAAACCCAACACCCCCCACCCCCAGUGCUGCCACCACCCCCUCCCACCGGGACUGGGAGCGUUCCCACCGUCCGUGUGAGCCGAAUCCCGGGAUCUGGGGGGGGCCCAAAUCCCCCCCACGACCUCAACCUGCUCUGGAUUCCUGGGAAAGGCAUCGCUGGGACUUUACCACGUUGGACUUACCAGGCUGGGCUUUGCCAAGCUGGGCUCUGCCAAGCUGGGCUUUACCAUUUUGGACUUUGCCACGUUGGACUUUGCCACGUUGGACUUACCAAGCUGGGCUUUGCCAAGCUGAACUCUGCCAGGCUGGGCUAAAUUUACCAUUUUGGACUUUGCCACGUUGGACUUACCAAGCUGGGCUCUGCCAGGCUGGGCUUUACCAUUUUGGACUUUGCCACGUUGGACUUACCAAGCUGGGCUUUGCCAAGCUGAACUCUGCCAGGCUGGGCUUUACCAAGCUGGGCUAAAUUUACCAUUUUGGACUUUGCCACGUUGGACUUACCAAGCUGAACUCUGCCAGGCUGGGCUUUACC